AUGGCCGAGACAGGAAUUGAUGGUUGGCUUCGCUAUAAGAAGCUACCAUACAAAACCGCAGACAACUUCAAGACUCCGAAGAGCAUUAUCACACUCAAUGCCUCUCAAUCCAGCCCCGUCUACACUGCUGGCACCGAGUUACAAGACGCCUUCGCAGGUAUCUUUGGCGAGCAAAUCCCGCGUAGAUUCAAGGGUUGCAACCAAAAGAAUACCAUAAUUGUCGGCACUCUUGACGCCUAUCACGACGCUUAUGGCAAAGAACAUCUCCCUGAAGUUCUUGAGGAAGAUGGGUUCUGGCUAAUUAUAAUAUAA